AUGACUUCCCCUUCUGGGCAGCACUUGGCGGACAGCUCGUUCUCACGACUGCAAGAUCAGCUCCAGUCCGACAUGGCAAGGAUCCAUACCCUCUUGCAGGACCAACUUCAGUCCGACUUGGGUCGCGUCCAUGAAAGACUGGAGUUCCUGGAGGCACACUUGGGGCUCGAGAAGCGAUCUGGUGUUGAGCCUAAGUCGACGGGCUUAGACCAGGUCAAUCUUCAGGUUGUGUGCACAGAUCCAGCGAAAUCCGAGUCUCAAAGCCACGACGAGAAAUUCGAGGAGUUUUCUGAAGUCCACUUUGAAGAAAGUGUUUGGAGUAUUCCUGUGGUCUUCGGUUUGGUCGACGUUGGCUGCUUUGACAUGCUCUUUGCUCUCAUUCUCGUGCUCUUGAGCUUGGGCAUGCAGGCGGCGUUUUCUUGGAUUCUCUUGACAGAUGACUUCAUUGGUGAGGGCUUCGAUGCCCAAAUGGAGAGUGCAAAGACCUGGCGAACAAGUGUUGCACACGAUCACAAGCAUAUGGAUCUAGCCGACAGGAGCUUGGUGUCGCGAGUCUGCGCGGGCGAUGAAUCACUGAUUCUGUCCACGAACCAGGCCACCUUGGUGGAGCACAUCAACAGCUUCCUUGGCCUCAGCGAGUUGGACUUCGAGCCACCCUUUUUCCAGCCGGGUGUUCUCCUGUGCAUGCUUUGCAUCAUUCAGUGGAGCCUAUGCGUUUACAAGGAGUUGCGCCGGAUAUGGCUGCAGUUUGAGGCUACCUGUUCAGUUGCAAAAUCUCGCAGAACGGCUUUCCUUGACAACUCCUUGGGUAGCAUCUCAUGGUUCCGGUUCGGCAUGCUCUUGACCACGUACAUCUUGCGAGUUGGCAUUGCUUCUGUUCUACUGGGCGGUGGGGUUCUCUGGCUGGCUCGAACCACAUCCAUUGAAGAACUGAUGUUGAAUGCAGUUGCUCUGAAUUCCAUCUUGGACAUUGACGAGUUUGUCUUUGCAGGUAUGACGCCGAUCAAGAUUCAGCACGCAAUACAGAAUCUAACUCCAAUUCGGAUCAAGUACAGCCGUUGUCGAAGUCAGCUGGAAGCCUUUGUUCAUUUCACAUCGCUCUUGGCGCUUAUCUGUGCCUCCUACUUCCUGCUGCUGGUACCCUUGAGUGAUACCAUGCUUUCUGUAAAACAGGAGCUUUGUGGAGGCCUCCAAACAUUCGUGGUUUCUUACAAUGCUGAAACACAGCUCGUCAUUGGACUGUACACAGCAGAGAACAGCGAUGCACGAAACCUGUCGAUUAGUGAAUCUGCCGUGCAGUCUUUCAAGGAUGCACCUCCUGGGACGUAUCCAGAAUUCAUAAGGUUUGCCGCCACCAAAGGCUUGUUUCAGCAAGAAAUCUCGCGCAGCAUGGAAGACGAGGCUUCGCAAUAUCCCCUUUGCCUCGAGCUCGACGUUCUAAACGAGAAUGGGGCCUUCCAUACCGACAUGACGCUGCGACCCCUGGCUACCAUGGUCCUGAAUUCUGCGGCAGCCGCAGUGGGACGUGCAAAUGCCCAGAGCUGUCAAGAGCUGCAGGACCGCUGUGACGAUGCAGACGGUCGCCUGCUGCGGCUGGUGUGCGGUGAGACAUGUGGUUGCACAGAUCCCUUCAGUUCUGCGUGGUACAAAGUUCAAGCCCAAGGUUGUUCUGUAUCGUGCCUGCAACGCAGGGAGCCGAAGCUGCAGAACCGUUCCUGCCAGGAUUUGCCCGUGGAUGAUACGUGGCGCACGUUCUGGUCUAGCUAUGCGACUGUACUGUCUGCCUAUUUUGGCCAGCCAGUGGAAACCACGCAGGCAUUCACCGCGGUGAACCAAACUCUGCAGGUCUUGGGUGUGGGUGGAUGCCCCGUUUUGGCACAGUUUCCACAAGACUUCCUGACUGGCACUUCAUGGUGCGAAGGCACACCGGAACUCGUCCGGUCGUUGGCUUCCAUAUGCCCAGAGUCGUGUGGCUGCAACAACCCGUCGCCGGAGGUUUCACAUCUUUGCCCUCCAAGCUGCCGCAUGCCGCAUGGCAAUGCCUCAACUUGA